AUGGGUCAAACCCUUUCCGAGCCGGUGACGGAGAAGCAAUCUUCAACAUGUCAGGACAGCCGCUACCUAGUGGGCUCGUCCUGCAUGCAGGGCUGGAGAGUAUCCAUGGAUGACUCACAUACACACAUACUCUCGCUACCAGAGGAUCCCGGGACUGCAUAUUUUGCAGUGUAUGAUGGACAUGGCGGAUCCAACAUAGCAGAGUAUGCUGGCAAGCAUCUUCACAAGUUUGUGACAGCCAGACCGGAGUACCACCUCGGGAACAUUGAAGAGGCUUUAAAACAGGGUUUCCUAGACCUAGACCAGGCGAUGUUGGAAGAAGACAUGCUGCAGACGAAGGUGGCAGGCAGCACGGCGGUGGUGGUGCUCGUGAAGGACAACACCCUGUACUGCGCCAACGUUGGGGAUUCCAGAGCUAUUGCCAGCGUUAGGGGCACGGUGGAAGUAUUAUCAUAUGACCACAAACCGAACAACGAGGAGGAGCUCCGUCGUAUCACGGCUGGUGGAGGCUGGGUGCAGCUCAACAGGGUCAACGGGAACCUCGCGCUGUCCAGGGCACUCGGGGACUAUGUCUUCAAGAGGAACUACAGACUGUCGCCGCAGGAACAGAUAGUAACAGCGUUCCCAGAUGUACAAGUGAGGCAGUUGAACGACGACUGGGAGUUCAUAGUGAUAGCCUGCGACGGUAUCUGGGAGGUCUUGUCCAAUGAGGAGGUGAUAUCAUUCUGUCGUGUACGCCUACUAAGCGGUUGGGAGCCGGCAGCAGUUUGUGAAGCAUUAAUGCAGCGCUGCCUCGCACCAAACUGCGCCACCGGCGGACUCGGCUGUGAUAACAUGACCGUCCUACUUAUCUGCUUAGCCCCCUUCCCACGCAUCGACCCAGCCAGUCCCCCUCUACCAGUAGAACAGGAACUAAACAGUAAGUUUAUGACAAAAAUGGAAGACUUAUUGUACGUCGAAGACGAAGAGGAAGACCUCAAGUGA